CGAGAGAGGAGCCCGCUGGCCCGGUUCCUGGAUCUCCCCGCGGGGGCCCGGGCGGCAGCGGAGCCCGCCGGCGAGGCGGCAAGCGGCGCAGCGGAGGCCGGCCGGGGUGCCGCGCUGAGCAGCGCGGAGGGCAGCAGGGCCUUCCAGGCCGCGAUGCGGGAGGCGCGGAGCAAUGAGGAGAGGGCGGCGCUCGCCGGGGAGCUGCGCGGCCUCGUGUGGCAGGCGAUCAGGUGCCCGAACGCCAACCACGCGCUCCAGAAGUGCAUCGAGGUCCUCCCGGCGCAGGCUACGAAUUUCAUCUUCGACGAGUUGGCGGCUGGGCCGGACGGGUGCGGGGGCGGCAUCGGUUUGGCAGCGCGCCACCGCUACGGCUGCCGCGUCCUGGAGAGACUGGUGGAGCAGGGGCACUCGGAUUGGUACGGCGCGUUGCUGGACGCGCUGGUCGCGGACAGCGCGGAGCUCUCCGUCCACGCUUGGGGCAGCUACGUCAUUCAGAGCACCUUGGAACACGCGCCUCGUAAGUGGCGCAGAAAGCUCCACCGCAUGAUCGAGCGGAACAUCGGCCUGGCCGACACCAAGCCCUAUGCGCGCGCGGUCAUCAGCAAGGCGAUCGAGAACGCGGAGGACGGCGAGUUGGCUUCGCUCGCCCAGGCCAUCUCCAGUAGGCCAGGCCUUCUGUCCAGAAUGGCGUGCACCCGCCACGGCUACCCCGGCGUGUUGCACCUCCUGAGGGCCCUUGCGGGCGCGGAGGUGCAUGAGAUACGCCGACAGCUCACAGAGGAGAUGGACACCUUCAGGCGCACGCGAUACGGGCGCAUCGUCGUGGCGGUCCUGAAGGAUAUUGCAGAUGCCGCCCCAGAGCAGUAGCUGCGUGCGCUCUCGCGCCUGAAGCCUCGGACGCCCCCGGCGUUUUUUUUGCUGCGCGACCUGUACAGAGCGAGCGGCGCCGGCGGCCCUGACCAUAUGCGCAUGAGGCCUCCGGGUGCCCCGUUGUCGUUGCCGUGCGCGCCUUGGCCAAACCUGCCAAGCCGCACCGCUGCACGCCGGACCCGGCCGUGGCGCCUGGCCCAGACCAGGCCGUCCUCGGGGGCUCCACGGGCGCCGGCAGCGCGCGAUGGUGCCCGCGGCGCCGCCGGAGCCACCGGCAGCGCCGCAGACGGGGGGAGGGCGAGUUGCAGUGUCCAGCCCACCCUGUUCGAGAGCAGGUGGGCUCGGGAGCCAGGGGCCGCUCGGCCUCCAGUCGAGGGAGACAGGGCGGCAGUCACAUUCACAUUCACGUCUGGAGGCGCCAGAGGCGCCGCCAGGGGGGGGGGGGCCAGCACGGACCCAAGAAGCCCGCGCGAGGGCCCCGGCCGCGCCGGCCGCGCCUGCUCGCUCCCCGUCUAAGCCACGGGGCGCGCCCGCGCGGCGGCGGCGGAGCUCCCGUUGCCCCUGCUUGGCCAGGGGGGCGGAGACGGAAGUCGGGCACGUCCCUCUGCAGGACGAAGCUCCAAAA